AUGACACUAAACACAAUGAUUAGUACUAUUAUAGCAACAAUAACAUCAUUUUUGAACAAAAUCCUCGAAACUUCUCAUAUCUUAUUUAUUGAAAGAGAUAUUCUUGAAGCAUUAGGAAUUUGGACAAGUUAUCCUAGAGGUAUUGGUGGAAUUUAUAUUCGUCAUUCAUAUUAUAAUACAGUUUAUAGACCUUUCUGGAGUUUGGAUAGAUUAACAUUCCCAAUAAGGUAUUAUUUAUCUAGCAAAUUAAAUUGUUUAUAUGAAUGGAUUGAUAGCAUCAAAACAAUGAUUGUAACUAAUUCUCCAAUAAAGAAAGACGAAACUAGGGAUUUUGAAGAUUCAAAGAUCAAUAUUCAUAAGUCUGCUUCAGAUCAUAAUGGGACUGAUAAUGACAUCAUGUUUCCAAUGGAAAUUUGGGAAGUCAUUGCACAUAUUGGUAACAUUGAUAAUUUAAUCAUGAUGAGCAUCAACAGAUCAUUUUUAUAUACAUUUGCACCAAAAAUCUAUGAUACUUUGAAAUUAACAAUUGUCUUGAGUCCAUUAACCAAGAUGAAACUCACUGAUGAAUGUUUCUUAAAGAAAGGACCUGAUACUAUUAGGGAUAAGCAUUAUGAUUCUUAUUCAAUUUAUAAAAGACAUCAAGAGAGUCAGAAAUUUGAUUAUGAAUUUUUAGAUACUUCAAUAAUAACUGAUCAAGAUUUUUUUGAAGAAAUACAUCUUGAUGCAAUUAAAAGACAUAAACAUUUUGGAUUAUUCAAGUCCGAAGAUAGAGGUGAAAGAUCUAACCAUCCGUUUGAAAUAAGAAGUUUGAAGAAUAUUCAAUUCAUUCUAAAGAAUAUUUUGCAAAAUCCAAAUUCAAUAAUGAAGAAAUUCAUUAAAGAAAUCUUGCUUGAUAUAUGUGUGUUUGAUGGGUUUGAUAAGCUUAUGACUUUUGAACAAAAUUCAUUGGUGAAUGGAUCAACUAGAGGUCAAGAAUCAUUAGAUGAAUUGAUUGAUCAACAAAUAGAAAAAAACGAACUUGUUUCAGUUAUGACAGAUCAAAAUGAAUACCUUCAUGUUACACCUUUGGAUGAUAACUUUGAUAGGGUAAGGUGGAAAGACCCUCUUGAAGAUAAAGCACCAAGGUUUGGUAGAGUUUUGAAUAAUAUCCAAACCAAAUUUACCCGUGAAUCUAUUAUAUCUGAUAUUUACCAUAUAUUCCCACAGAAUGUUUAUUUUAAAGAAUUGUUGAGUGUUUAUUUACUCUCUGAUCAAAGCUAUUCAAAUAUAUUAAGAAGAAGAUUGAGUAAAUUUAAAAAUUCAAUGGAUUUCCAAAAUGCUAAUCCAGUAAUACAUUGGUUUCGAACUCUUGUUGAUAAUUGUUCUGAUAGGAUAACGAAUGAAUUUGAUGUGGCAGGCUGUUUCAAAAUGAUCGUUACUGGUCAAUCCUGUGUUAAAAUCACAAACCGUGAAUUUAAAACUGAACUUCAAGUUAAUGAGAUUCUAAAUGAUUUGAUUAAGAUCUUAACCAACGUUGAACCCAUUAAUAUUGAAGAUGAUGAUGCAAAUACUGGAUUGAAUCAUAUUGAAACAUCAAUUUUAAUCUUGGGAAUAAAUGAUGGGAAACCUCAAGUUUCAAAAGAGUUUACCUUAAAUGCGUCUAUGAAUGAAGAUCCUUCAGAUCCUAGUUGUUUACUUCCUUUGGAACCUGAAUUAAUUCUUAUAAAUAAACCAGCGACAAUAAACAAUUUACAAGUUUGA